CUUCUGCACUAUGUUUGUCGCGCUGUUGCACACACAGCACGUUGGUUUGUUUCAGUUUGUCAGUUGCCACAAGACAACUUACCAACGUGUACGUAAUAAGCUAACACUCCUGUGUGCUACGCUGUACACCGACUUACUGGUUGUGUCGCAUCAGUCUGUGUCUCUGAGUUAGUUUGUGUUUCUCCUCCUUUUUACUGCAACAGUGUCAGACACCCUCAUUUGAUUUUUUUGUGCUUUAUUUAUUUAGUCAUCUAAUGUGUUUUUUGAUUAAUGUGUGUUAGGGUAAUCGAGGUCUAUUAAUGUCAAAAACUCUGCCAGUAUGAUUUCAGUCAGUGUUUAAAUAAAUCCAUAAGCAGAUGAUAUAUUUAAGUUAAAACAGCUAAAAUGAUGGGGCGGUGAUUGUGCUCAUAAAUACUGGGGUGAUUAUUAUUUACUGGAAUAUUAUAUGAUAUACUUUAUUGAGCGACAUCAACGUGUUGUCAUACAGGAGAAAAGCUCCUCCUUCCAGCAUGAUCGACAGACCACGUGACUUUCGCGACAAACUGCUCUGUCCACAGAUGAACACCCAACACGAACGCUAACACACAAAGUCAGCGGGAAUACACUGAGUGUAUGUUGAAGAUCCUUCAAAUUAAAAGUUUUGCUUCACCAUUGCAAUCAGCAUGUUGCACGAGACGAAACUUUACUUUGAAGAAUUGUUUUACUUCCGCAAUCUCUCAACUCAGACGCAAUUUGACUACUGUCCCAACAGCAGCAGAGCACAGGUUUCACCAUCCCGGUGAGGAACACAUUUUUCGGUUGCUGUCAGAGGGUCUCUCAUCGAUCUGCUGCCCUGUGUAACUGGAGCGUUAGUGAUCAUUCUCCAGCAAAUAUUCACGAUCGGUCGGGAACUUUUCACACCAACUUUUUUACCACUCUGAUCUGAUCACGACCCACAAAACUACAAGUAAUGGUAACAUCAGUCUGCUGGAUUCUGCUGGCUGCUUGUCUGUUCUCGAUCGUGUCUGCAGUUUUAGAGCAAAUCAUCACAAUGAAGCCUGGACAGGACGUCAAUCUGACAUGUGAAGCUCCAAACAAUAACAACAUCAUAAUUGUAGAGUGGAGCAGAGCUGACCUGAAGGAACACGAAUGUGUGCUUUUUUACCGGGACGGCCACUUUCUUCCAGAUCACCAGCAUCCAUCUUUUAAGCACCGGGUGGAUCUGCAGGACAGACAGAUGAAGGAUGGAGACGUGUCUUUGAUUCUGAGGAAUGUGAUGAUUAAUGACACUGGAACAUACAAGUGUCAUGUCCAGAAAGAUGGAGACAGUAUAAAGCUCAUCAGCAGCAUCUACCUGAGUGUUGUUGUUCCUCCAGGUCAGACAGGAGGAGAUGGACAGGAUGGAGGGAAGGAGGCAGGAUCUGUUGGAAUGAUAGUCGGUCUGUCUAUUUGUGCUGUGCUUCUUGUUGCUGCUGUUGUUGGUUUUUUUAUGUACAGAAAACAUCAAGAACAAAAGAUACAGGAUUCCUACCAGCCUCCAGCUGAACAGCAGCCUGUUUGAAAUGUGUCAGAGGUUCUUCUUUUCCUCGCCUGAUCUGUGAGUCUCUCUUUUGCUCCUACAGCUUCUCAGAGGUGAUUCUGAGCAUUCAGACGGUUGAAUUUUCUUUGGUGUAAAGCAUCACCAAACAGUCCAGCAGAUAUUUUCAGAUUUCAUGUUUAAACAUCUAUUACAGAGUUUUAAGAAGUAGAAAACUGUCCCAAAGUUAAAGCUGUAGCUUUAGCUUUUCACUGACUGCUCAUCCACUUUCAUGAACACCAGCUGAAGUCUUCAUAAGUUUGUCAGACCAAACUUGUCUUCAUACUGUGAGCUGUAGCUGCUACUUCCUGCUCUCGACCUCCUGCUGAGCUAACGUCUCUUUAACUUUACUUUUAAUACCAAACUACCUGCUGCUUCACUUUAAACAGAUAAAACACUUAUGUUUAUAUCACAGAAGCUUUUAAUAUUUACUAUAUUCAGCUUUAAGCACUGUACGCACUUCUUAACUUUGUUAUUCUACACUGUAUGUAAUAUUUUUAUUUCUAUAAGUAAGAAUCGCGUUCAGUUUUCUUUCUGCUUUGAUAGAAACUUUCUGACUUGUCCAAUCAGUUCGUGCAGAUUUCAGGGAGUCCUGAUUAAAAUGUUUUACUGUAAAAGUGCCUUCAGAUGGUGGUUGUUGUUUCCUGUGCUUCAUGAAUAGACUCAAUUUUUCUUUUAAAUCAGCAUCAAUCAAAUGACCGUAACCUUCCACCAGGGGGCACUUUAACAUACACAGACCUGUCUGUAAAGGAUUUACUGCCAGUUUUCUUAUGGAAAUUACUUCACCCGUAUGCUUAGAAGACACUCGAACACAUUGUACAGUAAGAGUUUAUUGGUGCUGUUAUUUUCUUUUACAUGGAAAAAUGUUUCUAUUUAAAAAUAUGAAUUCAUGUGACAAAUCCAUCUGUAGAUAUGUAUGUAUGAUGUGUAUGUAUGUAUGACUGUAGACUUUAUGUGUUAAUUUUCAGAUAUUAAAUCAUGUUCAUUGCAUCUCCCAGUGACACAGACAGCUGUAAAAGCUUACAGGCAAACAUCACAUUCAUCAUCAGUGAUUCAUUCCUUUCUAAACUGUAAAUGAACACAAUAAAAUAAAUUUUUCUUCAUGUGGUCGUCUGCUCUGAGUCACGUUAUAAAUCUGCAUCAUGCUUUCAUUUCACUCUCAUCACUCUUACUGUAUGAAAACGUGCUGUGAGCACUUUAGUUUUGACUCUCAGCUCUACCAGUCUGAAGUUAUUUACUUUACUGAUGAACUUUCUGAAAACAGUCGUCUGUCUGCAGAUUCUCUCAGACUGGAUGAAGACAGAUGUUACAGAUGUUCUCUUUAUUGUUCCUGAGAGAUCAUCAGACACCAAACUGCACAGUAACUGAGACUCAUGUGUGAAAGUGUUCCUGCUGCUUUAAGUCUGUGGCUCACAUGAACUUUGUUAUCUGCUCUGAAGGUGACUGAAGUGUGUUUGGGUUCACCACAACAACUCACGUUGGGGCCUUUCAGACUGUGGCACCAUGGUUGUGGAAUUCUCUCCCACUGUCUCUUCGCUGCACGGACUCCAUUGAUUCUUUUAAGAAACAGCUGAAGACAUUUUUAUUUAGAAAAGCAUUUGAUUA